AUGGCUGCUGCGCCCCGCGCUUGUGUUCGAUGCACACUGCUGUGCGACGAUGCUUCGCAGCAAGCAUGCGCCCUCUGUGGGGGCGACUUGGCUCCGCCGCAGAAGUUCAGGACCCUGAACUCUCCAACCUGCAUUGACCUCGAAGAUGACGUCACGGAUCACGAGCCUCCACGAGGAGCCGCAAGGAGCUGCCCGGCCUGUACACUCAUUUGCGAGGAUCCGGCACAGCGCAGCUGCGAGGCCUGCGGCGGCGCGCUGCCUGAGCCGCCCACGCAGCCUCCAAGGAAACGGCCAAAGAAAAGCCCGAAGCCGAUAGCCUCGCAGGCAUCGGGGGUCGCCACGUUCUUUCAGAAGACUGCGACGAUCCCAGAAAGCAAGCAGGAGCCUCCCUCGUCGGCCGAGCCUCCGGCUCCGGGGUGCGGGCCGAGUCUGAGCCCUGCCCCGGUGGCAAUCAAUACGGAAUCAGCCUGGUCCGCCAGCGUCGCGGCAGCCGCCCUUUCUACGAGCUGCGCCGACUUCCGCCCGGCAAGCGCCGCAGGCUGCUGGACCAAGAAAGGCGCGCCAGUACCUUACCGUCACCUUGCUGCGGCCCUUGAUGCAUUGGAAGCUACCCGAAGCCGCCUGAGCAAGGAUACCAUCCUUACCAACUCCUUCCGGGUCAUGUUGGCUAUGGCGGCACCUGCAGAAGAGGUGGAGUCCGCCUGCUACCUCUUCGCACCAGCCAAAGAUGCACAAGCCGGUGGCCACAGGUUGCGACCCGACUGGGUGGAAGGAGGGCGGCCGCUCAGCAUCCCGCACAAGUCCAUCACGGCUUCCUUGCUGGAGGCAACCGGUGCCUCGAAGGCCGACAUGAACCGCCUUUACCAGGAGCUCCACGACAGCGGUCAAGUGGCUUUGGCGCUGCGGGAGCGCGGCGGAAAGCAACGGCUACUCCGGGCCCCACAGCCACUCACGGCAGGCGCGGUUCGCCGCACGCUGCUGAGCCUCGCGGAUUUGCAGGGAACAGGUGUCGAGAAGGCGAAAACCACUCGACUGGUUGGCUUGCUUCGUGCAGCUGAAGGCACUGAGCUCAAGUGGCUGGUCCGUACAUUCAUGCCGCAUAUGGCGGCUGGCGUGUCCCUCGAGUCCUCGGUUCUCCCGGCGCUUGGUGCUGCUGCAGCCAUGGCUGCAGGCGCAACUGCCGAUGCUGUGCGCUCUGCGCAGGAAGAGGUUCGGCAUGGCUAUGCCUUGCGGCCAGACGUGCGUGCGCUAGUCGAGGCACUGCUGGAAGACGGAAUCGAGGGCGUCAGACGAAGGUGCACUCUGCACUUGGGUGUCCCCAUGCAGCCCAUGCUGGCCAAGGCCUGCACUUCCAUCCAGGAGCUUCUAAAGCGAAUCCUGAAGUCGGUGCCACGCAGUGUACAGGCAACCAAUCCUAUCAUGCUUUCUGCCGAGUUCAAGUACGAUGGUCAGCGCGCCCAGAUCCACGUCGUUCCCGGAGGUCGUGUCAAGAUAUUUUCGCGGAAGCUGGAUGACAUGACCUACAAGUAUCCAGAUGUUGUCAAGGCUGUCUUGAAAUCCUCAAGGACACAGGCAGCCUGUGUGUUGGAUGCCGAAAUCGUUGCUGUCGUGCCCAAGGAGAACACAGAGGAAGGUACCGGAGAAGGUAAGGAGCUGGAAAGAAAGGAUGGCAACAAGGUGGAAAUCGCUGCUUUCCAGUCACUGGCCACUCGAAAGCGCAAGAACGUCACGGAGGCCAAUGCGGCGACGACAUCCGUGGCAGUUAAAGUCUUUCUGUUCGACCUCCUCUUUCUUGCCGAGGAGCCCUUGAUCUCGCUUCCAUUUCAGCAGCGCCGAGAGAGACUCAAAGAAAGCUUCGCAGAAGUGGAGGAUCUUGUUGCCUACGCCGAAGCAGAGGACUUGGAGGGCAACGCGGGCUCAGCGGAAGCAACACUCGAGGCAGCUCUGCAACGAUCCGUGGCCAUGUCGUGCGAGGGCUUGAUGGUAAAGCACUUGGAUUCUGGCUACGAGCCUUCAACAAAGCGGUCCGACUGCUGGCUGAAGCUCAAGAAGGACUACGUUGAGAGCAUGGGUGACUCACUGGAUCUGGUCCCCAUAGGCGGCUGGCGCGGCAGCGGCCGCAAGUCGCGCUGGGUGUCGCCCUGGUUGCUGGCCACGUAUGAUCCCGAGGAAGGCACAUUCGGCUCGGUCUGCCGGGUGAUGUCUGGUUUCAGCGAUCAGUUCUACAAGGAGAACACCCUCCGCUAUCUGGGCCGGGAGCUCCACGUCGGAACUGCCAAGUCCGAGAUCGAUGCGGAGGACGAAGGUGAAGAUGCAGACGAGGAUGAAGUUGAGGUGGAGAGCGCAGAGAGUGCAGCUGCAGAGGAGGAGGACGACACGCUGCCGAGCAAAGGCUUGGCCGGGAUGCAGCUCCGGUCCAAGGCCGGAGGGGUGGAGACGUUGGAGCAGCCGCAGUUCUGGUUCCAGCCUUCUGAAGUGUGGGAGAUUCGGGGAGCUGACAUCACCAUCUCUCCGAAGCACUUGGCCGCACAAGGAUUGGUGGAUCCGAAGAGAGGCCUCUCGCUGCGAUUCCCUCGUUUCAUCCGCAAGAGGGAGGACAAGCGCCUGGACCAGGCCACCACGCCGCAGCAGUUGGCGGAGUUCUCUCUUCAACAAGCAACUCCAGCAUCGAGGCUGACAACGACCACUGAAACAGCUGAGAACGACUCGGACGACAAUGGCGUGUGCGAAGGGUGGCAGCCCAUCUGCAAGCAGGAAACGAAAGCCGAUGUUGAUCUUCAGCUUUCAUUCAUGAGGAUUCAGGAAUCUCUGAGCACAUGUCAUGUGCCAGUGGCACGGCGACGGAAACCACCACAGAGAUUUGAGAGUCUUGGAAAUGCCCAAACGGGCACUCUCGACUCCACGCGACGCACAAGAUGGAUUAGGGAGGACACAGGAAGCCUGCUCCCGGUCCUCCCGCACGCUGCCACACUGCUACACGUCAGUGGUGAGGUCGACGAGUCUCACCAUCUGCCGGUGUCGCUGCGAAGAGAGGAGCUGACGUUGACCUUGAAGGCGGCUGCCGACCUGCCAGGGCGGCUUGGAGAAAGCAUUGAAACCGCUAGUUUGAGCUGGGCCCAGGCCCUGGUUUUGGAUUCCUCGGAGUCGGAGGACGUCCUUGUGGAGAACGUUGGGGUCCCUGUUGAGCUCGAGCUCGACGAGCUGGAGCUCGACUGGUCACAGCUCGGGGACCAUGUCGAAGAUCUGUUUUGCGGCCACGGGGCCACCAAGCAAGCCUCUCGCUUCCUGCCGGGGUGUCCUUGGUGCGAACGUCGUGGGCAAGGCGGCAUCCAGGAGGCCAUUUCACUUCCACAUCCACACCCUGCUCUGACUCUGCGCUCGUCACCUGAACCCGACUCCCAGCUGUCGGAGGAGGCAUUUUCCAAAGAGGGCCUGCGGCUUCCGCCGGUCAGCCUGGAUGAGCUCCGGAAGCGCUGUGCGCAUUUCCGGCAAAGUGGAUCGUCCAGGCACAUUUGUUCGGACUUGUGCUACUUCCGCGAUUACGAGCCUGCACGCCAGCUUCGGGCCUUUCAGGACCGAGCCGAAGCUGCGCCGGCCCUGCUGCCACCAAACCGCCUGGCUGGCCUCAGCGCGAGGCUGGCGCUCUCGCAACAACCGCCAUAUUGGUGUGUCGUUUUCCACGCAGCUUCUGGUGCCGUGCUUGGCCAAAGUCGCCAGGCAUGGAAGAUUUUACAGCAGGAAACUCAGAACUUGAACAUCUUCACGUGUGCUGUGCAGUGCAAGGGUCUACAAGACAAUGCCACUGCAUGCGGCCAGCGAUGGCCAAAAGAUUCGUUGCUGCUCGAGACUGUGAAUCAGAAGAUGACCGAGAUCGGAAUCCACGCCAAGAACCAAGACUUGUCAGCUUGCGCAAGACAGGCGCAGUGGACAGCGGCGAUUCAGAUCUUCCGCGAAGUUGGCAAGCUCAACCUACAAGAAAGCGCCGGCACUCAUAGCGCAGCAGUGAAUGCCUGUGGCAAGGCCAAGAUCUGGGAACGGGCUCUUCAACUUUGGGCCGUUUCUGCCUACCGGCGGAGCAACAUUUUCCUCCAUGGGGCCGGCAUGAGUUCCAUGGAGAAGAUGGGCAGAUGGCAAGAUGCUCUUGCCAUGCUCAACCACCUCGGAGAAAUGCAACUGCAGGCCAACGUGGUCACGGCCAGCACUGCAAUGAGCAUACAUUGGCAUGGCACACUGCUAGUCCUCGAUCACUUCAUGGAACAAAGACUGGAGCCCAACGUGGUGAUGUACACUUCGGCCAUUAGCGCGUGCGAGUUUGAGAGCUGCUGGAAUGCAGCCCUCCAUCUUCUCCAUCAGCUCGAAGCAACGAAGGUGCAAGCGAACGUUCACGCCUACAGUGCAGCGAUUGUUGCCUGCGAAACGGGCGGGCAAUGGCAACGCGCUUUGAUGCUGCUGUCAGAAGUGGAGCAGAGCCGAAUCGAAGCCGAUGCAGUGAUUUACAACGCCACCAUCAGCGCUUGCGGCGAGAGCGGCCCGUGGAGAGCAGUGGUCCACUUACUGUCCGACAUGCACAUGAAGCAAAUUAGACGUGACAUUGUCACGUUUGGAGCAGCAAUAGAUUCCUGGAAGAAAUCUGGAUGUUGGCAGCAUGCGAUACUACAACUCGCGGACUUGCAGAGCAUCUGGGUCUCACCAAAUCUAGUGAUCUACAACGCAGCCCUUGCGACAUGCGAGAAGGGAGGUGCCUGGCAGGCAGCGCUCUCUUUGCUCUCAGACUUGCGGCAGCUCCAGCUUCGUGAGGAUGUUGCUACGAUGGGCAGUCUGAUGAGCGCUUGCGUUCGUUGUACGCAGCCUGACAAAGCCCUGCAUCUCUUUUCAACCUUCACGGGUUCUCGAGCUGAAGCCAACGCAAUAACCUACACAGCAGCCAUUGGUGCAUGCUCCAGAGCACAGAAGUGGCAGCAGGGCCUGCAGUGGAUGACAGAGAUAGUGCUUAAAAGCUUGCAGUACGACGUCCUCUUGUACAGCGCUGCCAUCAGCACAUGCGAUACGCCGAUGCUCUGGCGAAAGGCAGAAAAGUUGUUGACAGAUCUUUCCGACCGCGACAUGGAGAAGACACUGGUGACACUGAAUGUGGCCAGACAGCAGGUGUACGUGAUCCCAGCUGUGCGAGCCAACGCAGACGACCGAGGCAGCUGCAGGUACGCUUGGUGCUGCCCGGCAGUGGGCCCAUGCCAACCAACUUCUUCGGCCACUGCUGCUGACAAGAGCAGCGGAUGCGACCACCUUUUCGGCGGCUGCCUCUGCUACAGAUGA